AGCCGGCCGCGGGCGGGGUCCCUAGCGGCCGGGGGGGAGCCCCUGCUGGCCCGGGGCGCGUCCCCGGGCGCUGAGAGACCGGGGGCGAGGGAAUCUUCGGCGCGGCCUUCCGCCUCCCCGCUCGCCGCCAGCUCUGGGGGAGCGGGGCGGGUGGCGCGGGCCGGGCCGCGCUCUGCCUCGCCGGCGUCAGGGAUUUGAGAGAUUAUGGCAUCUGAAGCCCACAAUGUUAGAAAACAGAAAGUACUGCAUAUCGAAGGUCAUCCCAUUGAUCUCCCCAGAAAAAGAAUCUCUUCUUCCACUAAAAAGAUCAUGAAGGAGGGUAAGAAAUCUCCAAAACAGCUGGCUUCAUACACAAACAGAAUAACAGUUGGAAAAACGGUGACCAGUCCCCUCUCUCUUUUCAAAGUAGUAUAUUGUAAAAGAAAAGUUCAUUGUUAUAGUCCAAAGCCUUGUUACAGAAAGAAACAGCUCCCUAAAUCUAGGGGCUGUGACAUGGCAAAUAAAGAAAAUGAACUGGCUUGUGCAGGGAAUCUGCCAGCAAAACUGCACAACGACAGUCGUACACACUUGCUGAAUUCUAGUGACUCUGGUUCAUCUCAAACAGAAGGCCCCUCAUCCAAAUAUAGUGGAUUUUUUUCAGAGGUUUCUCAGGACCAUGAAACUAUGGCUCAAGUUCUUUUCAGCAGGAAUCUGAGGCUGAACGUAGCUUUAACCUUUUGGAGAAGGAGAAGUAUAAGUGAACUGGUAGCCUACUUAGUAAGGAUACAGGAUCUUGGAGUAGUAGUAGACUGCCUUCCUGUGCUUACAAACAGUUUACAGGAAGAAAAACCGUAUAUUUCAGUUGGCUGCUGUGUAGAUCUUUUGCCUUUAGUGAAAUCACUGCUUAAAAGCAAAUAUGAAGAGUAUGUGAUAGUUGGUUUAAACUGGCUUCAGGCUGUCAUUAAAAGAUGGUGGUCAGAACUAUCUGCACAUACAGAAAAGGCAGAGGAUGGAAAUAUUAAUAUUUUAAAACAACAAUUAAGUGGAUUAUGGGAACAGGAGAAUCAUCUUACUCUGGUUCCAGGAUAUACUGGUAAUAUAGCUAAGGAUGUAAAUGCUUAUUUAUUACAGCUACACUGACAUGAUUGGGAAACUAUGUGUGCUUAUGUGGUGAAACAAUCCCCUAAAGUAUCCCUGAAAUAUGUACUAUUUCUGAAAGCCUUUUGAGAAAUACUGGCAGAAGAGAACUGAACUGUCAAGCUGUUUAAUGAAACCACUAAAAAAAUCCUAACAAUCUACUUCACAUUGAAGUGGAAAAAUGUCUAGUAGGAGCAACUUUUACUUCAGUGAGGUGAAAGUGCACUAUGAAAACUGUAUGCCUUUGCUGCAUUUGGGAUUCACUCAGUUACUAGGUAUUCAUUUAAAUGCUACUGUAUUUUACUACAUCGCAUAAAAGAUGAUGAAUUACACUGUCAUGAAGACAAGACAGCAGAACCAGUUAUAAGGAACCAACAAAAGCAAUCAGCAUUAAGAGCUUUUAAAUGUUUCUUUCACAAGAGAACUCCAAAAUGCACAACUAUCUUUCAAUUACAUUUUAAAAAAAACAAAACUUAGGAAUACUCAAUUACUUCUAUGUUUUAAUCAAGUUAUUAAAGACAUUUUUUGUUUGCACUAUUGAGGAAACUAUACAGCAAAGAUGCCUUAAUUACUAGUGUUUCAAAAAGCCAAUGUGUUAAGAUGCAAAUAGCUAUUAUGUUCAGAUUGUGAUGCAAAACUACAAAAAUCAGGGUUUCACAUUGUGUAGUUAAUGAAACAUUGCACAUAUACAAAGAUUCAUGUAUGAAAAAUACCUGAAGUUAAGCUUGGAUAAACAGUUAUUGCAAAUGUCAGCAGAAUGGUGAAUUUAUGUCUAACAAAUGUUUUUAUAUUGUAUGUGGAUUUCUAACACAGUAAGCUUGUUCUGUAUCAUUUAAACUACAUGCAAAUAAGUAAAUAUAUUAAAUGUAUCUACUGUUUUUUCUUUUCAAGUUCAUAAAAACAAUUUCUAGAAUAAUCUCUUCCACAGUACUUUUUAUCAUAGAUAUUUAUGUCUGUUGUUUGAAAUGUUUACAGCCAGAUGAGGCCAUGUUAUUCAAAUCGCACCCUUUUUAUACUACCUCCAUUAAGAAACUGACAAAGAGCUUUUGCAAAAUUAAUCAAGUUCUAGCCUGAUCAAUGAGGGCAAAUUCAUACCAACAAUAGCAUUGAAAAUACAGCUAUAAACUCUUACUGUCCUAUUGCUAUCCUGUACUCUUUUAAUUUAAAAGCUAUAGCUUAGUAGCUCUGAGGGAGUUUUGAUUUUAGGCUUGCUAUUGCCUUUUUUAUUUUGUGAUUAAGCAGCAUGUUUUUCUAAUUAACACUUAUGAAGUGCUAGCUGUUCACUUAAAACAUAAAUAUACAUGCACAGCAUGUAUCACCAAAUAGGCUACUUCCUUAAACUUAAGUACUUAGAUGGGUUGUUUUCAUACCUAGCAUUAAGCAUAUGCACUUUUAUUGAUGUGCAGGAGAACAGUCUUGAUAGCCCCAAGUGGUUUUUGCUUUACAGAUGAAAUAAAUUAAUUUUAAAGUCUUGUAGUGGUCAACAGCUUUAGGCCUCCUGUUGCUUCAUUUUGUAUUUAAGUUACAUAUCAUUAUUGCUCAAUGCUGGAGGCCAACUAGAAAUCUGUCAUCAGAACUUGGUGCUUUUGGUUAUUUGAAUAUUCUUUAAACCACCAAAGGUUUUGUGCUUCCCAGGGCAGUCAGCUACAGGAAAGAGUUUCUGGGACAUCCCCAAACUGAGAACUCUGUGGGACAAUCUCAAGAUAUGCACAUAGCCAAAUUCUUUUUGCUAGAAUUGUUAUGUACCAUUAGAGAUAUUUCACACUCAAAAGAGUUUGAGGUAGAACUUAGUACUUUUCAAAUGUUCUUGCUGUCAAUUAAAAAUGUAAAGGAACUACAGUAUGAUGACAUUCUUGUAUUACUUUACUGUUCUAUUGAGCACUUAAAUGUAAAAGUAACAUAAAGACUGGCUUCAUAAUUUGGGUAGUAAUUGCUGAAACUCUUGGAUUAUUCCUCAAGGAGAAUACUGUAAAGGUGAUGGAAACUCAGAUCUUAUUUUCUCCUGUUUUUUUAAUAGACAAAAUGAAGUAACUCAUGGCCAUUUAUUUCUGAUAAUACAAGAAGUAAUCAUUGUAAUUGAUUAAAGUGAAAUACUCUAGUAUUCAAAAAUCCAGCUUGACUGUAGAUGUAAAUACUUGGGCUUAUAAUGUAAAUCCGUGGCCAUAUGCAGAAUUCCAAACUGUAACUAUGGAUGGUGCUUUUGUUCUAGUGGCAAGGUAAGAUUGACUUGAGGAUCAUUAUUGAGAAAUAUCUAAUAAGACAAUGCAUUAUUUUUAACUGCCAAAAAUUGUAUUUUGACAGCAUCAAUAAUACAGUAUUAAACAUUAA